CCACGCGCUACACUUCUAAUUCAAUCUCACUGCUGAAAAGGAGAUAAAUUUAAUUCAGCGCAUUUCUUAUAAAUCCUUAAUUGGAAAAGAAUUACUAUCAUCAUUCGACAUGCCACCUCCCCUCCCCUCCUCCCAUCGCGGCAUGACCGCAAACCCCAUCCGACCAAGCAGAUACCGACCCGGCAAAGCCAUCGCGGAGGAGCCCUCAUCAUCGGAAGAAGAGGACGAAGAGGAAGCAGAAGCCAAGAAGGAAGCCGAGAGACAGAGACAGCAGGAACGGCGCAGACUCGAACAACAGCGACGACAAGCUCCCAAGGCGAGCUCGUUUCCUGCGGGCGCGGCGAAGAUCGCUCAGGGUGUUAAAGAUGUGGAGAUUGAGGAGGAGGAAGCGGAUGAGGAUGAAGAGGGGUUUGUGACGGAGGAUGAGGAGGAAGAUGAGGCCACGCCUGCGAAGGCGGCUGCUCCUGUUGCUGGCGACAGGGUGGCUGCUGCUGCUGCUGCUGCCUCGGCGCGGACGGCUACGGUGAAGGAUGAAUCGGAGGAAGAAGAGGAGGAGGAGGAUGAAGAGGAAGAGAGUUCCGAAGAAGAGAGCAGUUCCGAAGACGAGGCACCGCGCAGAGUACUUUUACGACCUACGUUCAUCAAGAAAGACAAGCGCAACAACGCCCCCGCCCAAACACAGAACGGCCAAGCCGCGACAGGCACAGUGGUGGAUUCCUCAGCCGAGACAGAGGAGCGUCGGAAACAGCGACAGGAGAAAGCCGACGCUUUGAUUCGGGAACAACUAGAGAAGGACGCCAUUGCUCGGAGCGAGGCGAACCGGGCGUGGGAUGACGACGAACUCGAGGUAGGCGAAGAAGGCGCGAUUGAUGAUACGGAUGGAAAGGAUCCAGAGGCCGAGUACGCAGCGUGGAAACUCCGAGAACUGAAGCGCAUCAAGCGCGAGCGUGAAGCGAUCGAGGCUGCAGAGAAGGAGCGUGAAGAGGUCGAGCGGCGCAGGAAUCUCACUGCCGAGGAGCGCGAUCGCGAAGAUCGCGAAUACCUCGCCAAGCAGGAGGAAGAGAAGGAGGCUACUCGAGGCCAGGCCGGAUACAUGCAGCGGUACUUUCAUAAGGGAGCGUUUUUCAGCGAAGACAUGGAGCGCGAGGGACUCGCUCAGAGAAAUAUCAUGGGUGCGAAGUUUGCGGACGAUGUCUCGCGGGAGACUCUACCUCAGUACAUGCAGAUCCGUGAUAUGACGAAGCUUGGAAAGAAGGGACGUACGCGCUAUAGGGAUCUGAAAUCAGAAGACACAGGUCGCUUUGGCGAAGGGUUCCAGAACAGGUCUCGGAAUCGCGAUGGUGGAGCCCCUAUAGGCAUUACCGACGAGCGAUUCAUGCCUGACCGUGAUCGUGAUGAUAGACCUAAGGGACCUACUGGGGCAAACGCCUCUGCUGUGCAUGAGAGACGGAGGUCUAGAUCGCGAUCACGCUCGCCGCGACGAGACCGUCGCGAUCGUUCAGCAGAUCGGUAUAGGCCUGAUACGAGCAGUCGCAGGAAACGGAGCCCGUCGCCUUAUGAAGAUCGGGAGAAACGGAGGCGCGUGAGUGUUUCGCCCGAACGGUAAAGAGAAGCAUGAAAAUAGGGACAUGAAGACCUUC